AUGCGCUUGGAGGCAGAAAAUUUAGGGGGGAUGUCCAGACGUUAUCGUUCUAUCGCGGAGCAACUACUCAACCCUUCAAGGACCUCCCGUUCUCAUAGAACCCGUGCUGACAAUCCACUGGGGGUAGCCCGGCCUGUGCAAAAAAAAAAGAUACGCUUGAUGAUUGGGGAGUAUUAUGAGGAACUCAGUCGCUCAACCGCUGCCAAUGCAGCAGCGCGUGCCGCAGCAGCUAAGUCUUCUGGAAACGCUGAUCCCGAUCUGCCCGCUCCAACCAUUGAGGACAACAACGAGCAGCUACCAUCUCUUGACGGGUUUGACGAGCCUGAUGUCAACCAACAUCGGCAGCAGCAACCACCCCGUCCACAACCCCAGGCGGGUUCUCGUAGGGGAACUGUUGAGGAGGCAAACGCCCGACGGCAUGCCAACUGGCAGCGGUCAUACUUCAACUUCGGCCUCUACGGCUUUGCCUACUUUGGCCGAGGUGCCGCAGGCUCAGCAGCCCGCCUACAGGCCUACCUGGAAGCUGAAUUUGAUGCGCGGGUACGGGACCGGCUUCCAGAGCUGUGUCCGCAGUGCCUGACAGCGGACUGGGCAGAGCGUGAGGGUCCACCCACAGCACCAUCCACCCAGACAGCUUCCGGGGAGACCGUCCGCUUUGUGACAGUGCAGGGGAGCAUCGAAGCACCAUAUCCAUGCUUCAGGUGCCGCCACUGCCCAGCCCAGCUGCCAUUUGUUCGGCAAAUCCACCCUCUGGAGAUUGGGUGCUUUCCAAGCACACCAGACCGGCCCGUCGCCUGGUUUGACUGGGGGCUGAUGCAGCAGGUCUGCUUCCUGCGUGCAGAGAGUCCAUGCUCAGCCUCAGCAUACUCCAAGAUGCUCCAGCGUCAACACGCGGUUAAUGGGCUUCCCACCCCAGCAGGCAUCGCAGAUGCAAUUGGAACCGCGGCCGCCCAUUGGGACAGGGUACAGAGCCUGAUGCGAACCUGUGAGCUCCUGGGUGUAGAUGACAUCCUUGCCUUGGAGCCUUGCAAUGCCACCAGAGGAGCCAGUACCUCGGAUGCUGCUGCUGGUGCAGUAGCAGCAGCUGGCGGUGGCCGCUGGAUGGACUGCCCUGCUUGCUGGCGGCAGUGUGUUGCUGUGUCAGGUGACGCAUGCCUGGGCCUUCGGCGCUUUAAGGCUGCGGCCAGUGGCUCCCUCGACCUGCAACCCCUCGCGGCUGGUGAUUUGUUUAUCUCGGAGAAGUUGGUGAUGGAGCGCCUGAAGCAGCGUGGAAAGAUGGCGGACCCAGAUGCUGUUUCUUGCUCUGAGUUCAAAGCUGCCAAGGUCUUCGGGCGGCGUGCUGCAAACUAUGAUCGCCUUGGUGUCGCAGCAUUUGCUUGCAGGCAUGGCUUCGUCCCGGCCAUGGUGAGCCUGCAUACAGAGGAGAACUUUGUGUACUACGAGGUGCUGCUGGAAGCUCUGAAGCAGAGAAUGGAUCUGGCAUCUGUCAAGGCAGUGUUCCUGGAUGUCGCGUGCAAGUUUGAGGGCUACUACAAGAGGAUCUAUGAGGAGCUGGACUUGCCUGCUGGUCUGCCCUUCGCCAUCGGACCAUGGCACAUCCGACCACACAAGCCUGAGUGCAAUGUCCGCUACAACUCACGCUACAUGCCUGGACUGGGGCUCACAUUCGGGGACCUAAUCGAGCACCUUUGGGCAGACAUUCGGAGACACUGGUACAUCACGGCGUAUAUGUCCCCAGCUGCACGCCAGGACUUCAUCAACGGGCUGGUGCGCGAUCGCCAUCGGAAAAAGGAGGAGGGCCUGGCUCGGCAGCUGCUUGCGGGUCUGCAACAUGCGCUGAAGUUGAAGAAGGAGAUUGAGGACAGGUAUGUUGGUUUACAAGCUUGGGCUUGGUAUGGUGGGCCCAACUUGGCUUGGCUUUGA